AUGGAUGGCGUUUCCAGAAGUUGUCAUUUGGAAACUAAGAAUGGGUUGAAAGUACGAGUAUUUUGUGAUCUCUGCGAAGCAGCGCGCGUUUCAAGAUUUAUUGCCUUCCGCUCCUCGCGCAGUAAAAGUGCUUGUCACGGCCCUGAUAUUGAGAUCCGCGAGCUAGAAGAAUACGACUUCGCCCGCGUGCCGCCAGGAGGCAGUGAAAGUCGCUGGCGGCUGCUCCUCCGAAAGGCUCCGCUGCUCUGCGUCGCCCGUGAGCUGAGGAUGGAAUGCGUCCUCCGUUGCCCCUCGGCUGCCGCCCUCGCCGCCCUCGCCGCCGCCAGGUCCGCUUCCGCCUCGCCGCCGCCGCCCGCCCGCCUCGCCGCCGCCGCCGCCGCCGCCGCAGCCAUGCUCAAGGGCAAGAAGUGGCUGCUGCGCCUGAGCGUCUGCCUGAACGUGCUGGUGGUGCUGCUGUACGUGGGGCCUCACUUGGCCAACCGCGCGGACCUGCUGGAACAGCUGCCGUCGGCGCGCGCGGCCGCUCUCAGCGCGGCGCAGAUGGGCGCCCCGCCGCCGCCCCCGCCGCCCAACGCGCAGCCGGAGGUGAGCGCAGCCCCGCCCCUCUAG